GUUUAGUUCCUUCGUGUUGAUUUUACAAGCAGGUGUGCGGGGAGGUGUGGCAUGUGCAUGAAGAUCUCAGUGGUGAGACAAGAGUUUAUCAGGAGAAGCUCUGAAAGGAUUUGACCGGAAUUAAAAUCUUUACAAAUGUGCAGGCCGAACAUGUCUCAGCUCCUGCAGGCUCCUGCUCUGUGGAUCUACCUGCUCCUGCCCUCGCUGCUCUGUGAAAACAUGCGCUGCUACUACAGCCCCAUCCUGGAGAAGGAGGAGAAAUUUGAGCUCAUCGUGACAGAGUGCCCGCCUGAUGAGAUGUGCUUUAAGGCAGAAGGUCACUACGGAAACUACAGCGCCCUGUCUGCCAGGGGCUGCAUGGCAAAGAAGACCUGCAGCCGGGUGCACGAGAUCCGCAUCAAAGGAAUCGUCUACACCAUGAGCUACGGCUGCUGCGAUUCACCGUACUGUAACACCUGCCCUGGGGUCUUCGUCCAACCUCUCUUCAUCACACUUACACUUAUGACUGUAGCUGUGAUGGCCGGCAUCUUGUGACUGAAGACACCUGAAAUUCUAUGUGAUGAGCAUUUUUAAGGGUUCAUGUUAAGGGGGGGGAAAUGUUUUUAUUGUUCAGUGCCCAGAGGCGCUACUGCAGCCUCAGCAUGUAAUGCAGAGGCACCAGGAGUGGCUGGUGAACGCCCAGAAGACACUGCGGUGUGCACCAUAGUGAUGCCACAGAUUUGAACAUUUGUUUUUAAUAUCCUGGUGUUUUCAUAAUGUUUCAAUGUCCUUUAAAUAAAUAUUUGAAUAAGAA